AUGUUGCCCUCUCAGUUGGAAAGCCAUACACUUAAGACCUUGCCUUGGCAGUUCUCGAUUUCGCUACGAGGGAGAAAGCUCGUGGGAGGACCAUUAAAGCAUCACGAAUGGACAAUCUAUGACUUGCAAUAUGUAUUCCUCUUUACACUCGGUCUAUUUCUCUUUUAUAUAAUCGAUUCUCCCGGUUUUGCUCUAAAACUUGUCAUAGUUGCCCUAUUUGCUAUUGGACUAUGUCAUCCCGUUAGCAGGAUCUUUGUCCUGCCCUUUUUACCAGUAGCAUGCUGGUUGAUUCUGUUCUAUGCCUGCAGAUUCAUACCGGGUGAAAGGAGACCGCAUAUCUACGUUUCGUUGCUUCCAACGCUAGAGAAUAUCCUAUAUGGUGACAACUUGUCGGCUAUAAUUGCCACCCACACUAAUGUGAUUAAGGACGUUUUAGCUUGGUUUCCGUACGGAGUCGUUCACUUUACGAUACCGUUCAUAACAAGCGCAGGUCUUUGGUGGUUUGGUCCGCCGGGCAUCUUGCGAGUGUUUGCGAGUGCAUUCGGAUACAUGAACAUUGCUGGAGUCUUGACGCAGUUGGCCUUUCCAUGUUCACCGCCUUGGUACGAAUAUACCUACGGUUUGAACACUCCGGCCAAUUACGAGAUGCAUGGUCAUCCCGGCGGGUUGGCACGCAUCGAUGAACUCUUUAAUACAAAUACUUACACCACGACUUUUGGCGGAUCACCGAUGGUCUUUGGAGCUUUCCCAUCCUUACAUUCAGGCUGUGCCAUCAUUCAAGCUUUGUUUAUAUCCUAUUUGGCCCCAAAAUUACGCGCGUUCUGUUUUGCUUAUGUAAUGUGGAUAUGGUGGGCAUGUAUGUACUUGACUCAUCACUAUAUGGUUGAUCUGGUUGGUGGUGGGGUAUAUGCGGGGGUCGCCUUUUGGUGUGCAUGGAAAUGGUUGCCGCCCGUUCACAAGGGUCUAUCAACCCGAUGGGAUUAUCUCAAAGAAGGACUUUUACCUACACAUGACGAUUAUAUUCGAGAUUCUACAGCGCU